AUGGAGCGGGGGAAGAUGGCGGAGCUGGAGAGCCUGGAGACGGCGGCGGAGCAUGAGCGGAUCCUGCGGGAGAUCGAGAGCACCGACACGGCCUGCAUCGGCCCCACGCUCAGGUCUGUCUACGAUGGAGAAGAACACGGUCGUUUCAUGGAAAAACUGGAAGCACGAAUCAGAAACCAUGAUCGUGAGAUUGAGAAAAUGUGCAACUUCCAUUACCAGGGCUUUGUGGACUCCAUCACGGAGCUGCUGAAAGUCCGAGGAGAAGCUCAAAAACUGAAGAAUCAAGUGACGGACACCAACCGAAAGCUGCAGAAUGAAGGAAAAGAAUUGAUAAUAGCAAUGGAAGAGCUGAAGCAAUGCCGAUUACAACAGAGAAAUAUUUCAGCGACGGUUGAUAAGCUAACACUGUGUCUUCCUGUCCUGGAGAUGUACAGCAAACUGCGAGAGCAAAUGAAAUCUAAAAGACACUACCCUGCACUGAAGACCCUGGAGCACCUUGAGCACACGUACCUGCCUCAGGUGAGCCACUACCGCUUCUGCAAGAUCAUGGUGGAUAACAUUCCAAAGCUGCGUGAAGAGAUCAAAGAAGUUUCCAUGUCAGACCUCAAGGAUUUCCUGGAGAGUAUCCGUAAGCACUCUGACAAGAUUGGAGAGACGGCAAUGAAACAGGCACAGCAGCAAAGAAACCUGGACAAUAUUGUAUCACAGCAUCCCAGGAUAAGCGGGGGGAAGAAGUCCAAGAAAGAAGUCUGCGCAAGCUCAGAUCUGGAGGUAAAAAACACUAGCCCCAUGUCUGAGCAAGAUUCGGGUAUCCUGGAUGUUGAAGAUGAGGAUGAGGAUGAAGAGGUGCCUGGGGCCCAGGACCUGGUGGACUUCUCACCGGUGUACCGAUGCCUGCACAUAUACUCUGUCCUGGGUGCCCGAGAAACCUUUGAGAACUACUACAGGAAGCAGAGAAGAAAACAAGCCAGAUUGGUCCUGCAGCCUCCUUCAAACAUGCAUGAAACUUUAGAUGGCUACAGGAAGUAUUUUAAUCAAAUUGUAGGGUUUUUUGUAGUUGAAGAUCACAUCUUGCAUACAACGCAGGGCUUAGUAAAUAGAGCCUAUAUUGAUGAGCUGUGGGAGAUGGCGUUAUCAAAAACCAUUGCAGCACUGAGAACACAUUCAUCCUACUGCUCGGACCCGAGCCUGGUGUUAGACUUGAAGAACCUCAUCGUCCUCUUUGCAGACACACUCCAGGGAUACGGCUUCCCGGUGAACCAGCUCUUUGACAUGCUGUUGGAGAUCCAAGACCAGUAUAGUGAAACCCUGCUGAAGAAAUGGUCAGGAGUUUUCAGAAAUAUACUUGAUUCAGAUAACUACAGUCCCAUCCCAGUGACAAAUGAAGAGGUUUAUAAGAAAAUAGUUGGACAGUUCCCGUUCCAGGACGCAGAACUUGAAAAGCAACCCUUUCCAAAGAAGUUCCCCUUUUCUGAGUUUGUGCCUAAAGUUUACAAUCAGAUUAAGGAAUUCAUCUACGCCUGUCUGAAGUUUUCGGAAGACCUGCAUCUGAGCUCCACCGAAGUUGAUGAUAUGAUUAGAAAAUCUACAAAUUUGCUGCUGACCCGAACGCUGAGCAACUGUUUACAGAAUGUCAUCAAGAGGAAGAACGUCGGGCUGACGGAGCUUGUACAGAUUAUUAUAAAUACGACCCAUUUGGAGAAAUCCUGCAAGUUCCUAGAGGAAUUCAUAACCAAUAUCACUAAUGUACUUCCAGAAACUGUCCACACUACGAAACUCUACGGGACCACAACCUUCAAGGAUGCCCGCCAUGCGGCCGAGGAGGAGAUUUACACUAACCUGAACCAGAAGAUAGACCAGUUCUUGCAGCUGGCGGACUACGACUGGAUGGCCAUGGAGCCGGGCAGCAAGGCCAGCGACUACCUUGUAGAUCUCAUUGGCUUCUUACGCAGCACGUUUGCUGUUUUCACCCACCUCCCGGGGAAGGUGGCGCAGACGGCUUGCAUGUCGGCGUGCAAACACCUCUCCACCUCGCUGAUGCAGCUGCUGCUGGAAGCCGAAGUGCGGCAGCUGACGCUGGGCGCCUUGCAGCAGUUCAACCUGGACGUGGAGGAGUGUGAACAGUUUGCCAGAUCCGGCCCAGUGCCUGGGUUCCAAGGGGACACGCUGCAGUUGGCCUUCAUCGACUUGAGACAACUCUUAGAUCUCUUCAUCCAGUGGGACUGGUCAACGUAUCUGGCUGACUACGGGCAACCCACGUGCAAGUAUCUUCGCGUGAACCCAACGACAGCCCUCAUCCUGCUGGAAAAGAUAUCACGAGUGAUGAGAGACACGAGCAGAAAAAACAACGUUUUUGCCCAGUUUCGGAAAAACGAGAGGGACAAGCAGAAGCUGAUAGACACCGUGGCCAAGCAGCUCCGCAGCCUGAUCAACAGCCAUCACUCGUGAGGGACUCGGGGACGUCCUGCCCG